AUGAUGGCCAGACCAUACUGGGUGGCAGUGGCCCUACUGCUGCUGGCAGAGGUCUCUGGGUUUGAAGAAGGGGCAUCUCAUCCCGGGUUCGUGGCCAGAAUCACCAGAAAAGGCCUGGAGUAUGCCCGCCGCUAUGGAAUAGCUACCCUGAAAAAGGAGCUGUCUACGAUCCACUUGCCUGAUUUCUCAGGAAGCACCAAAGUCAGUUGGAUUACAAGUGUGAGCUAUAAGUUUUACAGCACCCUGGAGGGCACUUUUACUGUGAGUGUGGAUGGCAUUUCCAUCUCGGUUUCUCUGAACUUGGGUAAGGACCAGUCUGGGCGGCCCACCGUGUCUGUGGCCCACUGCAGCAACUCCAUUGGCCACGUCAGCAUCGACAUUUCUGGACACCUAAGCUGGAUCCUAAACUUCUUCCAUAAAAGAUUUGAAAACUAUUUCAAAAACAUCUUGGAACAAAAGAUCUGUGAAAUGAUCCGGAAGUCAACGACCUCCCACCUGGAGCCCUAUCUCCGCACGCUGCCAGUUAUCUUAAUGAUUGACCAGGUUGCUGGCAUUGACUACAGUUUAGUAGGAGCUCCCCAAGUGACUUCUCAAGUCAUAGACACACCCUUCAGGGGAGAGUUCUUUGGCCGCAACUGGCGCUCCCCAGCGCCCUUCGGUGCCCCUCCCAUCAGGCUACCUGAGAAGCAUGACCACAUGGUCUACUUUGCUGCCUCUGAAUACGUCUUCAACACAGCCAGCCGGGUUUACCAUCAGGCUGGACGCAUGAACUUCACCAUCCGAAACCAGCACAUUCCCCUGGACUCUCCGACCCACCUGGACACCAACUCAUUCCGGGCCAUCAUUCCUCAGCUGGCCAAGUUGUACCCCAAUGCGGAGCUGGAGCUCGAGACGUCUCCUGAAUCAGCUCCGUUCCUGAUGUUCACCCCUGGAAAUGUGACCUUCAGUCCAGUGAUAGACCUCCAGGCCUUCACUCUCCUGCCCACCUCCUCUGAGCGGAAGCCACUCUUCCAACUCAGGGUGACAACCGACAUCUCCGCCACCAUCGGUGUGAGGUCCAGCAGGAUCGUUGGCUCAGUGACCCCAGGCAGUAAGCUGAAAUUGGAACUGAAACACUCCAACAUCCAUUACUUCAGGGUGGAGCUGAUGGAAGCCAUCCUCAAUUACUACGCGCGGCACACCCUAUACCCCUCUCUCAACGCAAAGCUCAAGGAGGGCUUCCCUCUGCCGCUGCCAAGGGAUACCUACCUUAACAGUUUGGAGCUCCAAGUCCACAAGAACUUCCUGCUCUUGGGGGCGAAUCUCAAUGAGGCCAAACGCUGA